AUGGCAUUUGAUCCGAUGAAAAGUUUCUUGGAAGAAAUGUCACUCCCCGAACAGCUAUUAGAGGUUUACAGCACGUUGCUCUCCUGCUGCUCUUCAAACGAUCUCGAAAACCUCAAAAUUGCCAGCACCGCGCUCAAGAUUCUCGCCAUCAUUAACCGAAAUUUGAGCAUACUAGAGCUCUCCUGGGUCGUUGCAUUAGGUACGACUCAACAUGUCACUACCGUAGAUGCUCUUGCCAAGCUGGUGGAUCACCAGAGAGUAAUGAGGUUAAUUCACCAGUUCAUUGCCCAUGUCGAGUUCAGAGACGUAAGGAAGCACCAGGUUCGACUCGUGCACCAGUCGGUGAAGGAGUUUGUACUGAAGAAUUUCGUCUCGAAUCAGCCAUGGCGACACGGCCCAAUCUCAAGAGAACCCGAUGAUAUGAUUCUUGACCAGCGCUAUGAAAGUCUGCAGGCAUUUAUUCUUGAUAUUUGCGCCAGGUAUCUUCUUCUUGAAGACAUUGGCAGAAGAACUCUGUUCUCCGAGGAGCUUGUGGCAAUUGCGGAGCUACCCCAAGGAUCCGAUAUAUUCAAUGAUAACGAAGGGUCGAUUGAGUAUGACGGACAUUGCACAUGGGAUGCCUGGGAGGAGGAUAUGAUCAAUUUUGAUCCCACUGAUCGCGGCUUUAGAGAGUUCUUUGUCUACGCAUCAUGCCAUUGGUUGAAUCACUUCUGCACCAUUACAGCUGAACAUAUUCCAAGUCUAGAAACCAUAGAGAAGAUAUGCCAAGCGGGCUCCACUCGAUUGAGCAAUUGGAUCCAACAAAACUGCCGCCCAGGCUGCACGUUAACGCCAAGAUUUGAGUUUGAAAGCAGUCUGUACGAUCCUCUCAGUAUCACUUCGCUUUAUGGCUCAGUGGCAAUGCUACGAGAUAUGCUUGAAAACUCAUCCUUCGACAAGAACGGUUUUCUCGAACAGUCAGCUAUGAGAGCUGCUCAUGAGAUUUUCCGAUGA